UAAAACUAUGAUCAGUUUAUAUGGUUGCUAAUCAACAUUAACAUCCUAUAGAUGAGGUUCUGGCGUUGAACCCACUACAAAGUUACGGAAAACCACCUUAUUAUUAUGUUGCAGAAACUAGUAUAAAUUGGGUAAAACUAAAAACUACACUAAUUCAUGAAACUCUAGAAGAGUGCUCACAUCUGAAGCAAUGUUUUAUUCAUUUAGGCUGAUUCCUACAUAUAUAUAUAUAUAUAACAGUAGGCAGUAGUAACAAAUCACCACUGUCAGCAGCUAGGUUAAGAGGAUGGCAGCGUUGGCAGUUGAAGCAGAAGAUUUCAGCACUGGAGUUUAUUUACUUUUAGGGCUAAAUAAACUGAGUGAAGGGGUUGUUCUAGGAACUCCUAAGGUGCUAUCGGCUCUUUCUUUGAUUCUAGGGAGAGUUGUAAGAAAUAAUGAAAAGAUAAUGGAAACAACAAAGAUGAUGGACACUAUUACUAUCUUUCAUGCUGUCAGAGCACCAAGCUUAAGCAUUCAGCAAUAUAUGAAUCGGAUUUUCAAGUAUGCAAGCUGCAGUCCGUCCUGCUUCGUCAUAGCAUACAUAUACAUAGAUAGAUUUCUAGAACGUGCAGAUGUUCAUCUGACGUCUCUAAAUGUUCAUCGACUCUUGAUCACAAGUGUGAUGAUAGCAGCUAAGUUUAUCGACGACUUAUUUUACAACAACGCAUAUUAUGCAAAAGUGGGAGGAGUAAGCACUGCAGAGAUGAACAAGAUGGAAAUCAAUUUUUUGUUCAGCUUACAUUUCAGACUCCAAGUAACAGAAAGAACUUUCAAACACUACUGCUUGCAGUUAGCAGAGGAAGGGACCAAGUAAACUACCAAGUCGACCUACCGACAUAUACAAGAUUUAAAAGUGCUUAGUGCUACUGCUAAAGUAAGAAUGUUAAUAUAUAUAGCUAACUAAGUCUCAGCUGGCACACAAUCAUCUCUACGCAACCAGAACAGCAGGACUACCUUAUCAUCUAUACAAGGGCAAUGCUAACAACUCUCACACCACUCCCUA